ACACACAAACACGCGGGGCCAGAGAUCGGGCGGACGGUUGUGUACUGCUAACCGCCCCGCGUGUGUGACGAACAGCAGCAGCCACCCAGAGCACGUUUGCUGAACGGUACCGUGGUUCAGAGCGACCGUAGCACGGAAAGAUCUCGCAUCGCAGAAGGCGACGGAAAUUGAAGGUAAAAGCACAAUCCCCGGUCAGGCUAGAGCAGUUGCACGGGUAAAGGAUCAGAGUAGACCGAAUCGUUUAAUUUUGUGUGGUGAAAACUGGUAUCGGCGUACUUGUGUAAAAGUUUUGUGUAAACGGCGAAAGGUGUCUUCUAGUGGACAAGGACCGGGUUUUUUUUUAUCGAGAGUCCUUUCGGCAAAAUUAUCGUACCAAGGCCAAGUUGGACUGCAAAACCACUCGAAGAAGAAGCGAAUAUCCUUGCAACAUCCAGACAGCCGAGGAGAACACACCUACACCGAGUAAUCUCCAAACACAACCAUGUUCUCCGCACUGUUGGACGCUGCCCGUAACUCGCCUUUCAAGACGCCGUUCACGAAGGCACAAUGCGAACCGGCCGCCGUCGCUCCGGUGCGUGGCCGCUCGAUUGCUGCCGCUGCCUCGGACGAGGUUGAGUUCGGUUCGACCAAAUUUUUCCUGCUGUGCGGUCUCGGUGGUAUCAUUUCCUGCGGCUCCACGCACACGUUCGUGGUGCCGCUCGAUCUGGUCAAGUGUCGGCUGCAGGUCGACCAGGCCAAGUACAAGAAUGUGUUCCACGGCUUCAAGCUGACGCUGGCCGAGGAUGGUUCCCGUGGUCUGGUGAAGGGAUGGGCCCCGACGUUCUUCGGUUACUCGGCACAGGGUGCAUUCAAGUUCGGUCUGUAUGAGGUGUUCAAGGUGCAGUACGCCAACAUGCUGGGCGAGGAGAAUGCCUAUCUGUACCGCACCUGGCUGUACCUGGCGGCAUCCGCCUCGGCCGAAUUCUUCGCCGACAUGGCGCUGUCUCCGUUCGAGGCGGCCAAGGUCAAGAUUCAGACCAUGCCAGGAUACGCCAACACGAUGCGUGAAGCUAUGCCGAAGAUGAUGGGUGAGGAGGGCAUUAUGGCGUUCUACAAGGGUCUCGUGCCACUGUGGUGCCGUCAGAUCCCGUACACGAUGAUGAAGUUCGCCUGCUUUGAAAAGACCGUUGAGCUGCUCUAUGCCUAUGUCGUGCCGAAGCCACGUGACCAGUGCUCGAAGGGCGAGCAGCUGAUUGUGACGUUCGCCGCCGGUUACAUUGCCGGUGUGUUCUGUGCCAUCGUGUCCCACCCGGCUGAUGUGGUCGUCUCGAAGCUAAACCAGGCCAAGGGAUCGUCCGCGUUCGAUGUGGCGAAGCAGCUCGGCUUCAUGGGCAUGUGGAACGGUCUGAUGCCGCGUAUCAUCAUGAUCGGUACCCUGACCGCCCUGCAGUGGUUCAUCUACGACGGUGUGAAGGUAGCUCUCUCGAUCCCCCGCCCACCACCACCAGAGAUGCCAGAGUCGCUGAAAAAGAAGCUGGGAGUGCAGUAAACAUCCAUUUCCCUCCUCCAUCCACCUUGUUAUCCCACCUUCCCACUGUCACCAUCCUUCGUUCCCAAAUUCGUACUUUAAUAUCUUCUGUUAAGGAUGAAUGUUUUCACGUCACUCAAUUUCAAACACGAGCGCUUCUAAUGCCAAUAAUUUUAAGAGACUAGAGGAAAAAAGGGAGCUACACGAACCGAUAGAAACGCUACGCCGGGUUGUUGUGUUGCCUGCCGAGCCAUGUCCGUCCUGUCGCUUCGCUAUGCGAACAACACGAAUGGAGCAACCGGGUGCGGUGGCAUAGUAAAUUCCAGUAUUGCAUCGUGUGCAAAUUGAAAUUUGAAAAGAAAGUUCGAACACUCUCACGCGGGCUUACUAUCAACGUCAGCAAGGCCCCGCAACACACCAAUGUCGAUGAAUAAAAUGGAAAUUUAGACGGUACAAAAAACGGAAAAAACGAAA